AUGCAUGUACCCGAAUCUCAAAGAGUGUUCCUUGAUACCGUGCAAGAGGCACUUCGCCGGUAUGAUUCGAAAUUGAGGGAGAUAAACCACAAAAUUUGGUCCAACCCAGAGCUAGCUUACGCAGAAUAUGAAGCACACAACAAUAUUUGCGAAAUCUUUGAAACUCUUCAGUCUGGAUACAAAGUUCAGCGAAAAGCUUAUGGUGUUGAAACUGCUCUUGAAGUCGAGUACACCUUCGGCAACGGGGGUCGAGUUGUGGUCUUCAAUGCUGAAUAUGAUGCUCUCCCAGGUAUUGGUCAUGCCUGUGGCCAUAACCUGAUAGCCACCAGCUCUAUUGCUGCAUUUAUCGCUACUUGUGAAGCUAUGAAAGCCCAGGCUGAUAGCUUGUCCGUUUCAGGAUUUACCGUUCGUCUGCUUGGCACUCCGGCUGAAGAGUCCGGUGGUGGUAAAGUCAAGCUUAUUGACAAUGGAGCAUACAAGGACGUUGAUGCCUGUCUGAUGGUGCAUCCCAUUCCAAUGUCUCCCGGAAAUCCUUCGCUCUUAAGUAUGGCAACCGUGAUAGAAGGAGGUUACCUCGCCAAUGACAAAGUCCAAGUGACCUUCACUGGCAAGCCCGCCCACGCUGCUGCUGCACCUUGGGAGGGUAUCAAUGCACUUGACGCAGUUGUAUCAGCCUAUGUCAAUAUAUCCAUGCUGCGCCAACAGAUUCUGCCGACGCAGAAAGUCCAUGGAGUUAUCAAGAAUGGAGGAGAUCGACCAAAUAUUAUCCCGAUGUCCGCUACUGUGGACUACUAUAUUAGAUCGCCAAACAAGAAGACUCUCAAGCCUUUGACUGAGAGGGUUAUCAAGUGUUUCGAAGCCGCGGCUACUGCAACAGGCUGCAAGGUUGAUUUCGAAUGGGGACCUUCUUACGACGACCUGAAGAGCAAUAUCCCUAUCUGCGAAAGCUACGUCUCGGCAAUGAGAGCGAUGGGUCACCACACUCUUCUCGAUAAUUCCGGGCAAAAGGGGGCUCUUGCCGGUGCAUCCACUGACAUGGGAAAUGUCUCUUAUGUUGUACCUGGUUUCCAUGGUAUCUUUUGCAUCCCAACCGAAGGCGUCAAUCAUACCCCUCAGUUUACCAAUGGAGCGGGCUCAUCUGAAGGACACGAGCGGGCUAUCGCUUGCGCCGCGGGAAUGGCAGUCGUGGCAUGUCAGCUGCUAGUUGACGAUAAAUUUGCCGAGGCAGUCAAGAGUAACUUCAACCAGGAGUGA